AAACUGCGCUGAAUUUUUUUUCUUUUUAUAUUACUUUAAUGUGAAUUAUAUUUAUAGACAGUUUUUUGGCUAUACGAGCGAUAGCAGCAAAAUUACAAGUAAAUAUUCCCGUUCAUUACCUUUGACCUUUCGCGACCACGUGAUCUACAAAACAGUGAUGACCUCUCUUGCCUGCUAGCUAGCGGCAGCUAACCGGGGAAACCUAUGCUAACAUUUUCAAGUCGCUGACAACAUUUCACACCAUGGAUCAGUCGAAACAAGAGGAGGACUAUGGAUACGAUUUAUUCCCGAAGAGAAACAAGGGGAAAUACACGAGUCCCCUCGCGCAGAGCCUGUUCACUUUCAAUCACAAGUGUCAGGUCAUGUUGCAGUUCGCAAUGGAAACUAGUCCGUAUGCCAAACUCCUCCUCAGUGCCAUGAAAAGCUCAGGAUGCAAAGUGUUUAAAGACCGUCAUUUCUCCUGUGAAGAUUGUGACGGGUCGGUCAGCGGUGGCUUCGACGCAGCUUCUUCUCAAAUCGUUUUAUGUCAGAACAACAUCCACCAGCAGUCUCAUAUGAACCGAGUGGUCACACAUGAGCUCAUCCACGCCUUCGAUCACUGUCGGGCCCACGUGGACUGGUUCAACAACUUAAGACAUCUGGCUUGUUCUGAGAUCCGGGCAGCUAACCUCAGUGAAGACUGCUCCUUUAGCAAUGAAGUCUCCAGAUUCAACUUCGGCCUGAAGGAGCAUCAUCAGGAGUGCGUCAGAGGCCGUGCCCUUCGCUCCAUCCUAGCUGUGAGGAAAAUUAGCCGAGAGGAGGCGGAGAAGAUAGUGGACGAGGUCUUCGACUCGUGUUUCAACGACCACGCGCCGUUCGGGCGGAUCCCGCACAGCAAGAAGGAUGCUGGCUUUGCCUACAGAGAUUAUCAGAACAGAGAUCGAUAUUACGCCAACCUUUAGUGUCGUCACAUACUCAUCUAACUCACAAGGGUGCUGCAACCGGCGGAGACGCUGACAAGAGCUCGGCGGUCAGCGUAAAAGCCUCAACACAACAACAGUGUGUCAGAAACAAUCAAAUCCCUUCACAAGGGAUUUUCAGAGAAUGAUUCGUCCCUGAAACAGGGAAGCAAAUGGAAGGAGCUGUAGUACAUUUCAUGUUCUACCUUAAUUUUUUUAUACUAAUUCUGUAUAAAGGGAUUGACGGAAGUGAGUUUGCUGUGGACGUUAAUUAUUAGAAGAGGCCUCAGUGAUUUAUAUGUAACGUUUUUAUUUGAUCAAUGGGUGCUUUUAAGGAAAUACAGGAUUUUUGCUGUGACAGUCCUUUGAGGAUGUUUUUCUGUUUGCUCUUCAUUUGUUGCCACAUUGACCUCCACUCAUUUCUUGUAAAUAGAGCUGAAUGUGCUUAAAUUAAACCGAAUCGACUUGUGUUUGAAUUAAA